GCGAGCGACCCGUCGGUCUAUAUCAACCUGGGCCACACGUAUUUACGAAAGGGCGGUGACGAUGCGCGGAAGGCGAUCGCCCUCUACGAGAGGGCGAAGAAGUUGGCGCCUAAGGAGCUCCGGAUUAGAUUAUACAUUGCCAAGGCGUACCACGGACUCGGGGACUUCGACCGCUGUGCCGGCGUUCUCGGGGACGCGCUACAGAUUUGGCCUGAAGAUCUGUUGUUGCGCUACAACUUAGCCGUCGCAUUCGAG